CUUCCGUCCAAGCAAAUCAGCAUUUGCAUUUGUAUUUCACAGAAGAGAGAGAAACUCAUUUCUAGAGAGAGAAACCCGCAGACAUGUCUUCCUUCGACACCUUCACCGAUGACUUGAACGUCAACUCUUCUUCCACCCACCACUUUUCCGCCUCCUCCGCCGCCGACCACGCGGAGGAAGAGGAAGAUACCUACUCCGGCUACGGUGGCUACUCCAGCUUCACCGGAGGAUUCUCCCCCGACGGCGAUGUCUCUGUCGAUCACGCUGCUGCGGCAUCGCCGGAGAUCUACGGGUUCAGUGAUCCGAAUCCUGGCUACUCUCAGUCUCCCUUCGAGUCGGUCACCGUUGAGAAUGGGAAUGAAAACGGAAACGAUUACGGCGACGAUGUUUUUGUCUCCGACGGUCCAGUGCUUCCGCCGCCAGGUGAUAUGGAGCCGGAGGAAGGUUACGCCCUUCGGGAGUGGCGCCGUCAAAAUGCCAUUCUGCUAGAGGAGAAGGAGAAAAGGGAAAAAGAAAUGAGAUUAAAGAUAAUUGAGGAAGCUGAGGAAUAUAAGGUGGCUUUCUAUGAGAAAAGGAAGCUUAAUGUUGAGACUAACAAGGUUCAAAAUAGAGAAAGGGAGAAGUUAUUCGUGGCUAAUCAAGAGAAGUUUCACAAAGAGGCAGACAAAGCUUAUUGGAAAACAAUUGCAGAGCUCAUUCCUCGUGAGGUUCCCAACAUUGAAAAGAAAAGAGGCAAAAAGGAUCAGGAGAAGAAGCCAUCAAUUAUGGUCGUCCAAGGCCCAAAGCCUGGCAAACCCACGGAUCUUUCUAGAAUGCGGCAUAUACUGUUAAAGCUGAAGCAUACACCACCACCUCACAUGAUUCCUCCACCACCUGCUCCGACUAAAGAUGCCAAAGAUGGUAAGGAUGGAAAAGAAACAGCAUCUAAAGUAACUGGAUCUGCAGCAGCAGAAGGUACACCUGGGUCACUACCAAAGGAUGCCACCUCUAACGGCUCUGCAGAUGAACCCCAGAAAGAAGCUUCUGCCACUGAGGAGCAGCCUGCUGCAUAAUUCUGCCUUAUCAUACUUAAGCUCCCUCUCAAUCUUUCUUCUGCUAUCCCCUUCUCCACCUGCAGUCUUUGAUGAAUCUUUUUGUCUUGUUAUUAGUUUCUAAUGUUUAUUGGUUGCAUUUUAUUACCUACAUUAAGGUUUCGUAUGAAUUAAAUCCAUUAUUGACAAUGAUUACAUGGAGAUUCAAUGUUCAUAUGGGUUUAAAUACAUCCUUUUAGACAAGAGUGUUUUUUUGACCUUAAUGAUCAU